AUGUCCCCCUCUAAAUCCACGACGUGCUGGAAGCCCUCUCCCCCCACCGAAAAGCGCAAGCUUCGGGGCAGGACGCCUCGACGUCCUGUGAUGGAGGCCCUUACACCCGAGCCAGAUGACUUGUCCUCUUCACAGAAAGAAUUUACACACGCAGAAAAGAUGUUGGCGGAGCACCUUCGCUUGCCUCUGAAUUUACAUAGCAUGAUCAACGCCAUCCUCCAACUACCGGAGGCAUCGCAUGCAUCGCAUGCACUCGAUGAUAAUCUCAGAGCAGCGUUGAGCAAGAUGUCAAUCCAAGAGCAACAAAGAAUUCGAUGGUUUGCCGACAUCCUGCAUCACCAUUGCGAGGUUCUCUCUACCGGAUCCCCUCAGAUGUCGAAGGAUAGCCACAGUACGGAGGCGGGGAUGGAUGAGGAAAAAGAAGAGGAACCAUCCCCUGACUCAUCUCCUCAACAACCUCUCCCUCAUCAAGCACCACCUAUGCACAGCCCUGCUGAGACUCCCGAUGAAAUUAUCCAGGAAGAGGAAAGGAAAGAGCCAAGUUCUUCAGUACAGCGAACAGAAGACGUGGCCCCUCACAACACCCCGGCGGUCGCGUGUCAGGAGAGACAAGCUUGCAAGUCUGCCCCCCUCAGCGCCCAGCCCUCGGGUACUGAGAAGAAAGAGUCAAUGCAAUCUCCACCUAAGCAAAUGGAAGAUGACGUUGCCUCCCAUACCAGCACGGCGGUCGCAUCUCAGGAGGGAACGGGCUGCGGGUCCAGUCAACCCAGUACUCAGCCCUCAGGUACUGAGAAGGAAGAGUCAAUGCAAUCUCCACCUGAGCAAAUAAAGGACGACGUUGUCUCCCACACCAGCACGGCGGUCGCAUCUCAGGAAGGGAGUGGUUGCGGGCCUAGCCAGCCUUGUACUCAGCCCUCAGGUACUGAGGAGGAAGAGUCAAUGCAAUCUCCACCCGAACAAAUACAAGAGGUAGUCUCUCACACCAGCACGGCGGUCGCGCGUCAGGGGAGAAAGGCCUCAGGUACUGAGAAGCCAGUCCUUUUAGAAACGGAGCCCCAAAGUGCAUCAGAGACGAAGGCCAACACCACAGAAACGACCAGUGCCACAACCCCCCAAAGGAAACCGCUACCAGGACAAGCAAAGCAGGCAAAGCAAGCCACAUGGGAAACUUUGGAUCUGAGCCUGGUUAAGAAGCCUGUUCAGGAGCUUAUCAAUGCGAGUUGGAAGCGGGUUAGUUCGUUCUGCUCCCAAGACCAACGUAUAGCCACUGAAACACACGACGCACUCCUUUCCAUGAUUAAUUCGAAGCACGAGGAGAAUCUCGCUUGGUCAGAUGGUUCCGAGUGGAGGUCAUUGCUCGAGGCAGGGCACACUGAACAAUGGCAAGGGACUUUUCGCCAUGCGUUGAUUGUCAUGGGAUUCACUCGAUGGCAUGCAUCCCAGGUCAGCAUCCUUCGGGCCGACAGCAAGAUGAACAAGCGAGAGGCGUCAAGUAAGGUGACUGACAGGAUCGUUGGUACUGAACCCAAGAAAGACGGACAGAAGGAAGAAUGGCUCCGACAACGGAAGAACAUUUCUACAGAUCUGGACCGAGGAUGCAAAUGGAUCAUGCUAACGGACAAAUUCGGGUUGGGGAUAUUCCUGGAGAAUCCUUGGCAAUUGGCCAAGGCUUCCAAGAAUACCUUGGACACGUUGAUAAACGAAUUGCCCAACUGUUCGGAGAGAAUAUCGCUUUUGCAAUUACUCACAGAGCAAAUGACUCUGCUCCAGGAAAAUGGGAAAAUGGAUGAAAAGAGUUUCCUCAAGGGGUUGAGAAGCAAAAAACUGCCACAACCUGUUCAAGUCAGAGAGGGAUUAUCGAUAAAGCCCGAGUUCCUCAAGGAUCGCGCUACAGCCAACACUCUUUUCAUCAAGGACCAGAAGAUUAGAGUCGACAAGGAGGCAAUUGAAGCGCUCAAAUCAACAGCCUGGCUGAGUGACAGUGUUAUCAUGGCCUGCCUCCACCUUUGCGACAGACUGCCCUUUGUACGGGUUGGUUUCUCUGUUCCGAUCCACCAGCAACGGAAUUCUCACAAAAGGAUGCCCCGUCCUUUCGAAAUGGCGGUAAAAAAGAUCGCAGCAUGGCACAAUGAAGCCGAAGGCUCGGCCAAACUGGUGUCAUUCUUCCCGCUCUUUCUGAACCAGAAUCAUUUCACCCUUCUUGAGGUCAAUGAAAGAGAUGGUUGCAUCUACCACUAUGACUCUCUUUCCGAGGUGGGAACGGUCGGAUUUGAUACUGAGACGCAAGGUGAUGAAGUCAGCGACGUUGAGGAAGCAUGUAAAAAUGCGUUCCCUGCUUUUGAGUACGUGAAACAGGCAGGGCUACAACAGGAUGACACACAUAGCUGUGGUGCAAUUGUAAUCAGGCAUGCCCGUUAUCGGAUGAUGGGUCUACCUGUCCCAUCUGGGAGGCUCGAUAGGGCAAGUGCAAAGCAACUAAGGAGUGAAGCACUGGAUGUUCUUGCUUCAGCCUGGCAGAGUGGAAAGAUGAUCAAUGCUCCUCAGCCAUCAAAAAAACGAACAAAUGCUGGUGGGGACGUAAGGGGCAGCAGUCAAAAGAAACGGAAAACCGGUAGCUAG